AUGAACAGCCGUAAGGCCACUCUAGCCCACUGUCGUGCUCUCACCGCCGCCUGCCAUUACUCCGAGGAGGAUGUGAUGGUCUGCGUCGUCGAUUGCCGUCGCGAAGCUGGCCUCUGGCACGCGGCACUUACGAGCGUCUUUAACGGCAUGCACGUUGUGUUUGUGCCUUACAAUGUGCUACAAGUCGAUCCUGGAUCAUGGAUCAGAAUGACUACAAAGUAUCGAGCCUCCGUAGCCAUCGUUAAGAGUCGUGACUUACACUGGGCGGUGCUGGCCGAUCGUGAACAUUCCUACGCCAAUCUCUCCUCCCUGCGCGCUAUUUUUGUAACGGACGGACACAAUCCCUGUAAGUACUCUGCCCCUUUUCCCUCCUCAUACUUUGCCCUCCUGGCUCGUUGCAGCUAA